UUCGCAACGAUCGCACGCGCGCUUUCCAUCGACUUUUGCUUGGUAAAUUGAAACUGUUUCGUUGUAAAUAACAGCUACGCUUAGAUUGACAACCAGAUCAUAGUUCGAUCGAGAUAUAACUGCGCCUGCCGUUUUCUUUUGUCUACAACAGUUUUAGGAAAUAUAAAGUCUAAUUGAUGUCAAAGACAAGAAAAUGGAAGAGCUGUGUAGCAGAGAACCGCCUGAUGCUAUUGACAGUAGGUGCUGUCAUUGUUGGCGUAGGCUUGGGUUUUAUCCUAAAAUAUAGUGGAAAAGAUGAUACUAAAGGCUGGACCAAACGAGAAAUCAUGUACAUUCAAUUUCCUGGUGAUUUAUUUUUGAGAAUGCUCAAGUCUUUAAUUUUGCCAUUGAUAUUAUCAAGCAUUAUUAGUGCUAUUGGCAGUUUAGACCUUAGUCUCUCAGGUAAAAUUGGAAGACGUUCUAUUUAUUACUAUGCAACAACGACAAUUUCUGCUGUUAUCCUCGGGAUAAUUUUGGUAACAGUUAUUCAACCUGGUACUUACGGAAAAGAAGAAGAUUAUAACACUGAUGACAGUCAAACUCCACAACGAAUUGUCACUACUACCGACACGAUUUUGGAUUUGAUAAGGAAUAUUUUUCCCCCAAACUUGGUUCAAGCAUGUCUGUCACAGUAUCGGACUGAGUUGAUACCACCAGUUAACAAGUCAAAUGUUACAAACAAUAAAUACGAGUGGGAAAUAUCGUCUUCGUACGGGGAUGGAACCAAUACUUUAGGUCUAGUCAUUUUCGGUAUAGUUAUGGGCAUAGCGAUUGGCCGAUUGGGUGAUCGGGGUAAACCUCUGCUGGACUUCUUUAAUUGUCUUUCUGAAUCUAUGAUGUUCAUUACAAGCUGGGUAAUUUGGUUAUCACCAGUUGGAGUGACAUUUCUCGUAGCAUCACAGAUUCUUCAAGUUCAAGAUUUUCGAAGUAUCGUUGAAUCACUUGGAAUGUAUUUUAUCACGGUUUUAUUGGGACUGAUCCUCCACGGAUUCGGCACUUUAUCUCUCAUAUACUUUGUGUGUACUCGACAGCUACCCUUCAAGGCAAUCGGCAAAAUGAGUCAGGUCAUGGUGACCGCUUUUGGAACAGCUUCCAGUUCGGCAACGCUACCAAUCACCCUCCAGUGCAUGGACGACAUGGGAGUUGACCCGAGAAUAUCCCGCUUUGUCGUGCCGAUUGGGGCGACCAUUAACAUGGAUGGUACUGCUCUCUACGAAGCUGUUGCCGCGAUCUUCAUAGCUCAAGUACGACGAGUACCGAUGAGUUUUAGUAAGAUCAUAGGCAUCAGCAUCACCGCCACAGCGGCGAGCAUUGGCGCCGCUGGCAUACCUCAAGCCGGUCUAGUCACUAUGGUUAUGGUGCUCAACACUGUUGGCCUUCCCGAUAAAGACGUUACUCUCAUCCUUGCGGUAGACUGGCUAUUAGAUCGAUUUAGAACUACUGUUAAUGUCAUGUGCGACGCUUUAGCAGCUAUAAUCAUUGAAAAAAUGAGUAAAGAUGAACUGAAAUCUAUGGAUUCUCCUGUAUAUGAAGAUUUAGCAGAGGCAACUGAACUUACUCGAAUGCAAAAACUAGAAGAUUAAAUUAAGCUUCAAGUUUACUAAUUAUCGUAUCUAUUCAAUUUUUCUGUUUUAUUUCUGAAUUUUACAGAUAUCAACCUUAACAAUAAAAGUAUAUUAUUAACAUGGAA